AUGGCAGUGUUUAUAGUAGGGACUUUUCUUCUUCGGUUCAUCUUCUCAUCAGUUUACUUACAGCAGAUUGGUCUCUCUUCAUUGUAUUCGGGGAUUAUCCUAAGUACUUCCAGACUGGCCCAAGCCAUUGGUGGACUCUCUCURGGGUAUCUUGCGGAUAAGGCUGAUAAAAGAGACGCUAUCCUAGCAAUGUCAUAUUUGGCGUAUGCCAUCACACCAUUGUUGAUCACACUUCCAAAACCAGUAUACAAAUGUACUGAAAAGCCAUUGAUUAAUUAUCGAAAAAGUAACUUGACCAGGCAAAAGGAGAAAAAGGGUGCAACGAUAAAUCUAUCCAGGCUGCCUGCAGAACGAUACCCAGAACCACGUUUUCAAAAAAAUAUGAAGGGUUCCACCGAUGAUCAAAAUCUUGAUGAAAUAUCAAAACAAACGAGAGGCGAAUAUCCAAACGACAGACAAGUGCUAAUGGAAAAGAGGAAAAUAUUCGAAAGGAAUAAAACAAUCUUCCUUCCAGUGUUUCAGGACAAUUCCACAGCCCGCGUUCUUAACGUGACUAACAAUAUUGGUACUCAAAACAUUAACAUAACAAAUGUUUCGAGAAAACAUCAAGAGAACAGAGUGACGUUCUUUUAUCUGUUGCUAAUCAUGGUCACWGGAGACUUUCUUGGAGGAGCUACAAUCAAUCUUUUCGAUGCUCUGGUCGUUUCAACAAUUGAUGACAAAAAGGAAUAUGCUAAAAUUCGCAUGUGGGGCAACUUUGCUCAAGCAUUUAUCAUCCCCUUAACUGCAAUAAUCACAUAUUUCAAGAAGGUUGAAAUCUGCGGCAUUUCUCAAAGUGACUUUAAAAUUGCUCUCUACAUCACAUCGGCAAUCUCAGGAGUUGGAUGGUUUUUUGCCAUGUUUAAAGUUCGUAUGCCAUCKUCAAAAAUAAAAGACGAUAAAGAAAAAAGCACAAACACUGCUGCUUCCUUUAAGGAACUUAUCGCACCAAUUGAAACGUGGAGUCUUCUAACAAUGUCUUUGUUUUUUGGUAUCUUCAUUUCUUCAUUGUCGAGUUUUCUCUUCUGGACAAUGGUAGAGCUAAAUCCAUCCCAAGCAAACUUGUCAAUAGCUGUCGCCAAUUUCCUCAAAAAUCUCGCGGCACUUUUAGUGUACAAUUUCGUUCCCACAAUACUUCAUGCGAUUGGCUACAGAAAUGCACUGAACUGUUCGUGUUUGGCUUUUGCUGCAAGCUUUGCUACAGCAUCUUUAAUGUUUACCCCUUGGCUUGGUGUCGUAGUAGAAGUCCUUGCAAGUAUUGCAUUUUGUAUGGCCAUGUCUGCUUGUGUGUCGUAUCUUGGAGAAGUGGCCCAUCCUUCCAUAGCUGUCACCGCACAAGGUCUUUUACAUUUCUUGUUUAGCGGUGCCGGUCCAGCCCUAGGACCAUUCUUGGCUGGAUUACUUCUACAUAUUUCCAACCAAACCAUCACCUAUGUCAUAUUUUGUGGAAUUAGCAUCGCUGUCAUGGUAUUUUCAAUCGUAGUGCAAUGGAUUAUGAAGAUGCGUGAAACUCGUUACCAAAGGCUUGCGACGAGUGGACAGAAUUUAAGUAGCUAGAAAUACAGCAUAAGUAAAGAUAUGGUUAUAUA